CCUACCGCGGAUUGUCUGCGGCCGCGGCCCGGGGAAUGCUGAGAGCCUGACGGACGCCUGUCCGGGCCGCCCUGGGUCUUGGCUGAUGGCCAGAUCUUUUUCUGUUAUCCGGACGAUCAGGAUAGCUCUCAGGGCCCCGCCCUGUGUGGCCUUGCCUGGCUUGCUCGAGUCCUGCAACCUCUGCAGGCAGGUUGGCGGGCCGAUCCCAGACCCACGUCCCACCACCCGCCGGCGAAGAUCCGGGGAUGGGCAACGCCACCCAGCUCGCUCCAGAGGCAGCAUGGGUCUCAGAGAAGUGGGUGACUCUCCAGGAUGGGAGACAAGCCAAUUUGGGAGCAGAUUGGAUCCAGCUUUAUUCAGCAUUACUACCAGUUAUUUGAUAACGACAGAACCCAGCUAGGCGCAAUUUACAUUGAUGCAUCAUGCCUUACGUGGGAAGGACAGCAGUUCCAGGGGAAAGCUGCCAUUGUGGAGAAGUUAUCUAGCCUUCCGUUCCAGAAAAUUCAGCAUAGUAUCACGGCGCAGGACCAUCAGCCUACACCAGAUAGCUGCAUCAUCAGCAUGGUUGUAGGCCAGCUCAAGGCUGAUGAAGAUCCCAUCAUGGGUUUCCACCAGAUGUUUCUAUUAAAGAACAUCAACGAUGCUUGGGUUUGCACCAAUGACAUGUUCAGGCUUGCCCUGCACAACUUCGGCUGACCUCCUCCUGGCCAGAUAGUCUUACGCUGUUUCCUCCUCCCUCUUCCCAAUCCUCUCACUCCUCCAGAUGCUCCAAAUAUCAUACACAAAUGAGCAGGGCCGAGGUGGGAGUGGGUGCAGUGCGCUUCUGUCACCACGGUGUUGUGCAUGAUGUUUGGAUGCUAGACUAGUUGCAUCUGACAGGAAAAGUUUGUGUUGUACCAGCGCAUGCCUUGGAAAGACUUAAGUAAUGCAAAAGAUUGUCGGUUUUUGGUUUGUUUUAUUUUGUUUUUUUUUUUUAAUCUACUGACAAGUUGCUCUAGUAACCCAAAGAAGUGAAGGAGAAAGCAGCUGCCUCACCAACCGCCCAGAUAUUGAAUUGUUCAGAUGUUUCAAUGCCUCAUGAUACAAUAAAACCACAAAAAUUUUCUUAACAGUUUAAAUUGUUUUAAUUAGUUAAGUAGUUGGCUGGCCAUCAACAGUUCUGGCCUACUGUCUCUCAUGCCACCAUCCCCCUCUGCCUCACCUUAACAGUACCUGCUGCAAGGAGCAAAUUCACUCAAGUGGCAGUUCCAACUAAGCUCUCAAGUCUGCUAAGGCAGAGUUCUCUCCAGCCCCAGGUGUUUGGAAAGAGGUCUGGCCUGAAGCUUCUUUUGGAUUGGAGGCUCUUCAGUCAGCUCUGCCUGACACCUCUUAUGGCCUCUGCUCUGUAGGUUUGGGUCUAGUAGCAGGGUUGAUAUUCUGUAGCAUCUAGAAAGGCCUUAGCAAAUAUGACUUACCAUGUUUAUUACCCUCUGGGUUGAAGGAGGUCCCAGAUGGAGAGGCCUGCUCUAUACCCAAAAUAAAUGACAUUCAGAUACCCACAUUCCCCAAGCAAAGCAAGAGAUGCUGUACUGCCUGUUUGGAAUAUCAGAGCCAGGCCCCAUUGGAUGGAGUAUAAAUUCCAUACUAUGGAAGGAAUCAGUGUGAAGGAGUUUUGCUCUAGCUCUCCCCUUAAGACUUUUGCAGGGCAUUUACACACCAUCUCCUUACUUUCCACACACCCCAUACUCUCUUCAAAUCCCAGGAAGUCUUAACUAUUAUGGCAGUUUCUGCCCUGUUUCUUAGUCUGGGCACAGGUCUUGCUCAGUACAAAUACAGCUUUUCAUCCUUGAGACCUCUGGACAGUAUAAAGCUACCUUUAAAAUAGCAACUGCAAGCUAGAACUAAGCCCAGGAUUUGGGGCUUGGGAUUGGCUAGGCACACCUGAAGGCUCCCCCCUCCCUGCUAUCCUGCACUGUGAGGGGAGAGUAUAAAGAUUUCUGCACACUCCACAGGUUGCCUGGUUACACCAGCAUAGUCAUGGACACUACACAGGAGGUUCCAGUGGGAUUGAUCUCUAAACUGCUGUGUAUUGGGGGAAGUAGGGGUGGGAGAGGUAGAUGCCAGCUGCCUCUUAAUCCACCCUGUAUAAAAUCUGCAAUACAGCUUCUUCCAUGUACCUGUGCCUGAAAUGUCUGCAAUAAAGAGGUGUUUG